UACGGCAUUCUUCCGCACCCCUUACUGUAUGUCGAGUGGUACACGCCUUUCCUGCGGGUUGACGGCAUUAGCCAGCUGUUCCAAGUCAGCCGCUCGACGCGGAACCGCCGGCCAAAUGCUACGAUCAUCUCCGCCGACCGUGUCGUCGGUGUAUGCCAUCUGCCAAGACAGUGUGGAAAAGAGAUAAGCAGGGAUUGGACAUCUGAGAAUAUUCCUGAU